AUGGGUGAUCCGCAGGUAGGCUACCAAAUGGGCCUCUUUGACUUGGUGCUUACCCUUGACCGGGAGAAUAGUGAGCCAGUGGAAGUCGACAUGCCUUGUGAGGUCUGAAGCAAUUUUUUUCACACAGACGAAACACGCGUAUAUUCGCCUUUGCUUCUGUAAAUAAUAGUCCUUUAUGUCACGGUAUCCGCUGCUCUAGCACGUCGUACACAGGCCUCUUUUUUCAUCCUUUCUGUGCCUCAAAUCUAUUCCACCAAACUGUCAACGGGUGCUCUUCAAAGUUCUGCCUCCGCUGUCUAUUGUAUCCACAGUAGCUCUGCUAUCUCAGGAAGUAUUGACCGAAAUUCCAAAUUACGUUUUUAUUUCUAAAAGAUUAAUGAAAUAGGGUUCAUGCUGACCCCGUUGUGAAAAGCUCCGCGCCUCGGUGGGAUUCGAACUCAUGACAGCAAGGGGAAGGAUUUCGUACAGCUAAUGCUCUAGCCGCCUGAGUUACGUGAGUUUAAUUUCAUUUGUUUCACGUUUACCCGCCCAGCACACUGUAACGUCUAAAAUUCACUAAAUCUGAUGCAGUAAGCUGACUGCCCAAACAGAAAUUUCUAAGUACUCCACAUAGAAUCCACCAGAUGACUACCAGGUUCACGUAAUUCAUAGAUGUUUUGGCAGAUUUGGAUAAUUAAUAUUGCCUCAACUGUAAAAGAUUCGGCGCCCCGGUGAGAUACGAACCCAAGAAAGCAAGAGCAAAGCUCUAGUAUAGUAGGAAAUUCUGCUUGGGCAGUCAGCUUACUGGUUAAGAUCUGGUGGAUUCCAGAUGUUGUAGUGUGCUGGGUAGGCAACUUGACCCAAAUGGAAUUAUACUCACGUCUUCCGGUGGAGCCUCGCAGCUCAGGUGGCUAGAACGUUGGUUGUACUAGAUCCUUCCCCUUGCUAUCAAAGUUUCGAAUGUCACCGAGGCGUCGAGUUUUCCACAGUUGGAUCACUGUGAAUUAUUUAGUCUGCCAAAACAUCUAUUAAAUAGGGUUGUCAUAGUAAUUGUCUUGUCUCAUUAUGUAAAGAUGUUUCAGUUAAUUCAGGAUGUCGGCUUUCGAAAUAACCACAUAUCGACCUUUGGAUACAAUACAUUCCGCAAAAUAAGUACGUAAACGGCCUGAAUAUUCCACGUUGAUUUCUAAUACCCAUAUGAAUUAAAAUAUACUUCAUAGAAGACAUGCGUAAAAUAUCCUUUCUUUAACUCUUUCGGUGGAAAAUUACUCUUUCUUUAAAUUUUUCGUUGGGUGAAGUAGUUUCCUUUUAUUUUAAAUAAUAUUACCAAUUCUCGAGUAAGUUGGAUCUGGGCCUACCGUUACACUUGCAAAUUUCGUACUUUCCAUGCGAGAAAAAUCACCAAUGUUUAUACACUAAUAAGAAGAAUUCAUAUAGGGCUAAGAUACGUUUGUCAUGGAGAUAAGCCAUGUUGUCCACUUUGUUAACUGCAUCAGUAAGUGUCCUAUUGAGAUGCUGCGUAGACACUUCACAGUCUUAAAAAUCUCAAAAUUAGAAACUUUUCAAAAACUGAAAAAUGAUAUUUCUUCAAGUGCCACAUUUCAAGAAGACGUAAUUUACAAUCGAGUGAGUAAAAGGAAGAUUACGUUUGCAAGUGUUUCCUAUAAAAUGUGUUUGAAUCUGCAGGGAUAUCAAAAACCGAUAGGGAGAGUGUGUGAUACCUAAGUAGUCAUUGCUUGUGGACUUUAUUCGUUGCGAGCCGUCGAUAAGAAGCUCAUUCAAAGGCCGACACCCUGACAAGGUUGAAACAUUCUGGCAUUGCACAGCACGAUAAUUAACGCAACAAUCCUACCUAGACAGUCGUCUUGAAUUAAAAAUGCAUUUUGGAAUCUCAGUCCAGAUUUCACGAGAUAGAACAACACUGUACUUAACUUUACAGUGACUUAGAAUCCUGUUUGUCAGAAAAAGGUGACAGGCGGAAUUCGUUCGUAAGGUCGGUUGCGUUUUUCUCAACUCACCGCGUCCUAGAAGCCGCAGGUGCAAACAGAAUUCAUAAUUCAGGCGGCGCAAACGAAACAGCUCUAAACGACGCAGGUAUUGUUUUUGAACAAAAGAAUGUAGUUUUGAGAUGAGGCGUACUAACGGCAGUCCAUUUGAUAAUUUAGAAAACGACUGCACUGCCUAACGAACCCAUGAUCAUAACCAAGCGGCAUUUUAUAUAAGACAGUGUAACAUUCCCCUUUGAACAUUCCGGUUAUAUUGAAAAGUAGAAAUAUAAUUUAAAGCACAAGGGGGCAGUUUGUUUUUGAAAGAAUCCAACACCUCACAUCCGAACUUUAGCAUUUAGUCAUUGGAGAAUUCUAGGAGCUUAAAACCAUCAGAAACUGCGAUCAGUUUGUUUUUCAACCGAAAAAAACACGCCGUCUUAGUGAGUGCUGGAAAAUAACGCAUUAGGGCGCAUACAAAAAACGUUUCUUUGAGCAUACUGCUCAUCGGUUACUAAAGCGAGAGGAACAUCCUAUUCGGAGUGAAGUUACCUUCUGAUUACCACAAUUUGUCUUUAGCAAGAAAGAAUCACAUCUGCUUUUGAGUCAAGAUGCGCAGAAAAAUUGAACUCAUGAUUUGAUUCCACAUUUCCUUUUUCGAACAUGAAACGAGAUUUGAUGUUUAAGAUUCAUAAGACCUAGUUCAUAUUACCCGUCGUAGAUUCUAACCAAACAAAGCAAGGGAAUGGAAUUAAAAUUCAGGUGCCACGCGAAAUGCCUCAUAAUCCAUUUCUGAGAGUUUUAAUGGCAAAAAGUGACGUUCUUUGGUUCGUGAUUAUCAAUUCGAUUUUAAGAGGCUUAAGUAUUCACAGUAACUUUGAUCCUUCAGAUUUAUCCCAUCAAAUUUUCAAUUUAAAUUUCUCGUUUCGGCUGCAAAUUUCAGUGUAUUCGUAAAGGAAGGUAAUACCGUACAAUUAGCCUUGUUUUUAUUUUAUGAAUAUCUAUCGUGCUGUUUUUACACACAGAUGGAAUAUUUGCUUUGAGGACAGAUGAUAACAUCGACAGGCUUAACUACCUACAUGAUUUUUUAAUGGACGAGAUACAUUCAUCGAGCAGGUUACGGAACGUGCUCAUUCCGCUGUGUCUUAGUGCUCAAUCAAUUCGAGUCGCUCUCCACUACAACCCGAAGUCGUGGUCCCAUAGUGGAGUUCGGCCGUGCCACAACGGCACAUGGCAGCCCUAUUCAGGGAUGACACUGCCAGCCUCCACGAGGGGAAGGGCCUAGAAAAGGUGGCGUAGACAUUGCUGGGUACCACGCCGUCUCCAGGCUAGCCAGGGCCGCAGACGUCUAAACAUGGUCGAAACAAUCAAAAUCGAAACAACAACAAUACCAAUAACAACAACAACCAUACUCAUUCUCCUCAUCCUACCUCUUCUUCCUCUACCUCCGUCUAUUCUUCUGCCUAUUCUUCUCCUUCGUCAUCUUCUCCUCCAUCUCCUUCCCGUCGCCCCACUCGUCGUCACCAGACUGGCAGGGUGAGCGCGCUCACUCUGGCAGCCUGGAAUGUUCGUUCCCUUUUAGACAAUCCAAGGAGCAACCGACCGGAGCGGAGGACGGCGCUAGUGGCACGAGAACUGGCGCGCUACAAGGUGGACAUCGCCGCACUCAGCGAGACCCGUUUCUCCGAACAAGGCCAACUGGAGGAGGUGGGUGCUGGCUACACCUUCUUCUGGAGCGGUCGACCCAGGGCAGAGCGACGGGACGCGGGCGUCGCCUUUGCCAUUCGGAAUGACAUCGUGGGACGACUGCCCUGUUUGCCGCAGGGCAUCAACGAUCGCCUGAUGAGCCUCCGCCUGCCUCUCCGGGGAGGCAAAUUCGCCACCAUUAUCAGCGCCUACGCUCCGACGAUGACCAACCCCGACGCCGUCAGAGACAAAUUCUACGAGGACCUGCACGCCCUCUUGGCGACUGUGUCGAAGGCGGACAAGUUGAUUGUCCUUGGCGACUUUAACGCCCGCGUCGGCACAGACCAUACUGCCUGGAGAGGAGUGCUGGGUCCCCACGGUCUCCGCGGCUCAAACGACAAUGGUCUGCUGCUUCUCCGCACCUGCGCAGAACACCGCCUCAUCCUGACGAACACGUUCCUCUGUCUGCCGGAGCGAGAGAAGGCCACCUGGAGGCAUCCUCGGUCGCGUCAGUGGCACCUGCUGGACUAUGUCCUCGUCCGGAGGCGAGAUCAGCGGGACGUGCUGGUGACGAAGGCGAUCGCGGGUGCUGACGGGUGGACCGACCAUCGCCUCGUCAUCUCGAAGAUGCGUAUUCGCCUACAGCCUCGCAGGAGACCACAAGGUAAGCGACCCCCAGGUAAGCUGAAUGUUGUUUUGUUGUCUUUGCCUGCUCACCGUCUCCAUUUCAGCAAUGAGCUAGCUCAACGGCUCGACAACCUUCCUAUCGCUGCCGCCGCCGACGACGCCGCCGCUGCCGAGAACGCCUCCGUGGAGAACCGCUGGUGUCAACUGCGAGACACGGUCCAGUCGACGGCGCUCGCCGUCCUCGGUCGCGCUCCCCGCCAACACCAGGACUGGUUCGACGACAACGACGCCGCCAUCAGAAAUCUGCUAGCUGAGAAGAACCGCCUACACAAAGCCUACGUAGAUCACCCCACCGAUGCCACCAAAGCUGCCUUCUACCGCAGUCGCCGCCAACUUCAGCAACGACUGCGCGAGAUGCCGGACACCUGGACUGCUCGCAAAGCUGAGGAGAUCCAAGGCUACGCGGACCGCAACGAAUGGAAGAACUUCUUUUCUGCGAUCAAAACUGUCUACGGUCCGCCGACGAAGGGCACCGCUCCUCUCCUCAGCGCCGACGGCAACACUCUCCUGACUGAGAAGACGCAAAUCCUGCAGCGAUGGGCCGAGCAUUUUUGA